CUGCCACCACUGCCACCUCCAUCUGGGUGCACGUCCUUGCUGAGCCAUGUCCUGCUACGACCUGUGCCUGCCCUCCUCCUGCGGUCCCCAGCCCCUGGCCACCAGCUGCACCCAGCCCUGCUUCCGCCGCUGCCGGGACUCCACCGCCUUCAUCCAGCCGCCCACGGUCGUGGUCACGCUGCCCGGGCCCAUCCUCAGCUCCUUCCCGCAGAACACCACGGUGGGCUCCACGGCGUCGGCGGCGGUCGGGAGCUACCUGCGCUGCUGCGGCAUCCCUGUGGGCUCCCGGGGGCUGGGCAGGGCAGGACUGCUGUGCCUGGGCACCGGGCUGUAGGGUGUCCCCAGCGGGCUGCUCCUCCUGCCCAUGCCAGCGGUGUGGUCAGGAAAGGAAAGCGAAGCACACGACCAAGACUGGGGGAGAGGACUAAGGAGAUGCCCCUGGGUUUCCCAGCAGUUGCCCCAGGAGGAUGGUAGCCAUGCGAGCUCGUCACUCCAGACUGUACCUCUGUACACCUUUAUCUCACUAAGUCUUUAUAUUUCCAUGUUCCACACGGCAUUUGCUGCUGGCUGGGCAAUAAAUGCUUCUAGCAGGUUGUAGAUGGCAGAUGAUAGUCAUGGGGUGGUGGGACGAGGGGACACCCCUUGUAGAGAUCAGCUUGUCCCAAAGUGGGGUUUAUCCAUUUCUUUACUGGGCACUGGAAGCGCACUUUGUACUCUGAACUGGUUGACUCUCCUUCUCAUUAAAG